GAAUCUAAAACUUUUUAUUAUAAGUGAAGAUGAAUACCGCUUGACUGUAUUAUUAAGUGACAAUUUAAUUGAUUUUUUGCGUAUGUAAAAUGUUCAAUUAUUAUGAAACAUUGUAAGAUAAGGAAUGAGAGCCGGAAAAAUAAAACAACAUUAAAAAAAAAAAUUGAAAAAACGAAAGAAAAGGGCGGGACUCGCGACGUGUAUUUUAUAAUCGUCACAGGACAAGAUACGGAAAGUAGAAGGAAAUAGAACGGUGGAAACGAAACCAUUCUGAACCGUAGAUAUCGUCCAGAAGAAAUCCUAACCGUCGUAUUUGAACCAUGUUCGAAUAGGAAAGCUCCAGUUCCCAUAUCGUCCACUGUAUAAAAGCCCAAGGUCUACAGUCUGAACCAAACCAACAAAACCCACACUCACGGCACUCUCUCGUUUGGCGCCACAGCUAGAACAGCCACAGUCUUUUAGUUAUUGGAGUUCAUAACCAGCAGGAUUGCAAAUUUGCAAUACCUUCCAAACAAAUGGGGACUAGGGAAAGCAGUGCAGCUUCAACUCAGGUUGUGGCAUUCGAAAUGCAAAAAGAAGAACUGAUUCUCGAUGAGUACACAGAGUCAUUGAUAAUAUACAAGGGAGGCUCAGUACGUACGGAUUUCGUAGGUAAAAGAGUUGCUGAAGGCGAAAAGACAACUUGUAUUUCUGGAAAUAAUUGUGAUGGUGCUUCUCAAAGUGCUACAAGCAGGGGUGAGGACUCAUCAGACAAGAACCGAGAAGAUUAUGAACAGAGAAUGGAAAGAAGAAGACUGGCUAACAGGGAAGCUGCGAGGAGGUCAAGAAUACGCAGACAGCAAGAAUGUGAGAAACUACGAGCAACCGCAGAGAUUCUUGAGAGCGAGAUUGCCCAGAUCCCACGCGAUAUAUGGAGGCUUUCUGAGCAAAUUGAGAAACUCAAGGAAGAAAACGACAGCAUAUUUGAUGAGCUAGAGAAGAAGUAUGGUGCAGAUGCAGUUUCUGAUCUGAGAGCUGUGAAGGACUCUUUGGAAGGUAAAGGCAAAGACACUGACCCAAAGACGCCGAGCAGAGACAGCUGAAGUCCUAAUCCUCCAUCACUCAGUUCGGGUCUGUAAUCACUCUGCUGUUGUUUUAUGUAGUUGAAAGCUCCAGAAAAAUUCCUACUUGUGGAUAAAGAUGUAGCACCAGUGUUCUUUAAGUUCCCGCCUAAGCGCUGGGUGGCUUGGCACCACUGUGAUUAGUCCUAGGCGUCUAAAAGAAUAAGAAAGGACGCCUAGACCUGAUUAGGCGAGCUAGGUAGUUUUGUAACUUUUUUUGCUUUAUUUAACAAAAUGUCUUAGAUCGCAGCUUUCAGCUAGUCAGAACAUAGAUAAGUUUUAUUUGACAUUUUAUUUUUCAAUUAAUUAACAUUCAUUA